CCCACUCCCACAUCAUAUACAUAUAUAUUGUCAGCUUCAUUCUUUUAACAGCCAACCCCAUUCUUUAAUUCUCUGCAACAGCCACCUGCUUGUCUGCUAAUUUAUAUGUGCCAAAUUCCAAAAUCCGAGAAGAAGGACUGCUUUUCCGCACCCUGCAGAAGACCCACAAAAACAGAGCGUUCUAUCAUGUCACAACCCACCACUCCAUCUCGCUUCAGACUCAACUCUAAAGCCCCCAAGCCUGAGCCACCGGCGAAGAAAGAAAGAGCACAAUCAGUCCCCCCGGAUUUUAAAAAGGACACUAAGUUGAGGAGGUCUGUGCUUGUCAACACUAAGCCUAAAUCCCGAGACGAGUUGCUGGGAUCUCAAAUGGAAGUUGCCAGAGUGGUAUCUCCCUCUCUCUCUGUCAAUCGCCCCGUCCACGAGCAAUUUUCUAAACCAAGAACCCAGCGUUCGGCGAGGAAAAUUGAAGAGGACACCAAGAAGGAGUUGCUGGAGAGGAUUGAAUUGAAUGACAAUUUGAUUCAGGAUUUGAAGUCUCAAGUUUUAUCUCUCAAGGCAGAGCUAGAUAAAGCACAGAGCUUGAAUGAGGAGCUUGAGUCUCAAAACAAGAAGCUCCAGCAGGAUCUUGCCUCUGCUGAAGCCAAGGUUGCAGCAGCUCUUAAUAACACUCCUCUUCCGGAAUCAAUUGGAGGGUACCAGAGCCCCAAAUUUAAGGACAUUCAGAAACUCAUUGCAAACAAAUUGGAAAAUUCAACAGUUAAAAAGGAUGCAAUGAAUGGGCCAACUUCAGUUAAAACUCCAAGUCCCCCACCACCAUCUAGGCCAAUUCAUCUCCUGUCCAAAGCAGAAACAAAGGCUCCAUCUUGUCCCUCCUUGCCACCACCUCCACCACCCCCUCCCCCACUGCGGCCUCUAGCACGAGCAGCAACUGCUCCAAAGACUCCUGCAAUUGUAGAAUUCUAUCAGUCAUUGAGAAAGCAUGGGGAGAAGAGACAUGUUCAGGGACAUGAGAAUCAGUAUAAACCUGUUGUGACAAGUGCACACAGCAGCGUAGUUGGAGAGAUUCAGAAUCGUUCAGCACAUCUGUUAGCUAUAAAAUCUGAUAUCGAAACAAAAGGUGAUUUCAUUAAUGGACUUAUCAAAAAAGUGCUGGCAGUGGCCUAUACAGACAUUGAAGAUGUCCUGAAAUUUGUGGAUUGGCUUGAUGGUGAACUUUCAACACUGGCAGAUGAGCGGGCUGUGUUAAAGCACUUCAAUUGGCCAGAGAGGAAAGCUGACGCCAUCAGAGAAGCUGCUAUUGAAUAUCGAAGCCUAAAGCAAUUGGAAAAUGAGAUAUCUUCUUUUAAGGAUGAUCCCAGCAUUCCAUGUGGGAGUGCCUUGAAAAAGAUGGCUAUAUUACUUGACAAGUCGGAGCGAGGAAUUGGAAGGCUGGUUAAACUUCGAAACUCAGUGUUACGGUCAUAUCAGGAGUGGAAAAUUCCAAGCAAUUGGAUGCUUGAUUCUGGAAUGAUGAGCAAGAUAAAGCAGGCAUCAAUGAAGCUGGCGAAGAUGUACAUGAGGAGAGUGAUAGAGGAGCUAGAAGUGGGGCGGAACACAGAUAGGGAAUCCAAUCAAGAAGCAUUGGUGCUUCAAGGAGUGAAUUUUGCAUAUAGGGCUCACCAGUUUGCUGGAAGUCUUGAUUCAGAGACAAUGUGUGCGAUUGAAGAGAUAAGACAGCGGGUUCCAGGACACCAGGGUGGAGGAUCUCGAGAAUUAUUAGCCGCCAUAGCAUCGUGCAGAUGAGAUCAGUUACACAAAGUCUUUUUUUUUUUUUUUUCUUUUUUGUUUUACUUUUGGCUUUGUAAGAAUAUAUGUAAACAGAGCAGAUAUUAAUAUGUUUAAUUAUUUAGAACUUGCAAUGAACUUUAAGUUUCAA